GGCGAUUGCCGCUGCCCCACUCAGGGCAGAGUGCCGGGACGAUCUACAGUCCCCCGACUCGCUCGCGGCGUGGGGCAAGGCGUCAGGGCACCGCUGCCCCACUCACGUUGUGGGGACGGGCAGGAGGGACCCUGGGCUUUCCUAUCCACACGUGGGCCCGGCUACGCAACCCACGGUCUCAGCGUGGGCAGGGCGCGGGGACCCCCGCCACGCUGCCCCGGCCGCGCGGGGAGGCGGGCGGCGGAACAACGUCGGGGCAGGGGCGGCCGCCGACCCCCGCCCGCCGGGGCAGCCCCAUGAGAGGAGGCGUGGCUUAGGCCAUAGGAGAGCCAAUAGAAAGUGGCGGCGGUGAAUAUCAAUACGGGCCGAGCCAAUAGGGGCGCAGCCAUGCUGUUAACAGCUUAGAGGCGCGGGGUGGCGCAGAGCAGCGCUGCCGCCGCCGCGGGGAGCGGAGCGGUGCCGGGCUCCGCGCACCCCCAGCCCGCCCCGGCCCUGGUUCGGCCGCCCAGCCCGCCAUGGCGGCGGCUGUGGACGAGAGCACCCUGCCCUCCAUCUCCACCUUCGCCAACCUGCUGCCGCUGGAGGAGCGGCCCGCCGACAUGCUCCACAGGAUGCUGCAGCAGGACGGCGCCGCCGCUGUCAAGCGGGAGGAGGACGACUUGGGCAAGUUCGUGGACUUGGAUUUCAUCUUGGCGCACACCAGCAGCGGUGGGCAGGGGCCGCCCGGCCCCAACUACCCCCUGCCCGAGACCCCCGAGAGCUGCGGCACCACCUACGACAGCGACGGCUCCUACCCCACGCCGGGCAAGUUCCCGGCGCCUUACCCCGAGGGCCAGGGCCACAGCUACGUGGCCGAGCUGCUAACCCCGGACCUGCCCGGCCACUGCGACCUGCAACGGAGGGAAUACACGGAGCUGCGGGUGCCCGGCGGCCCCCACCACUCCCAUCACCACCCGCCCCUGCACCCGGCCCUGGCCCGCCCGCUGCCCCUGGACCCCGUGCAGCCCUUCGGGCCCCGCAUCAAGAAGGAGCAGCCGGAGGAGCGCGCCUGCAUGCUGGGGCUGCCCGCCGCCGAGUACCUGGGGCCGGGCGGCGGCGAGCACAAGCCACGCGUGGCGCCGGGUCCCGGGCCGGGACCGGUGCCGGGGCCGCCGCUGCCUUACCCGGGCUUCGCCCACGGCCGCCUGGGGCCCCCCGAGGAGCCGCUGCCCGGCACCGACCCCCACCUCCUGGCUGACCUGCCGCCCCACUACGCCGUGGCCCCGCACCGCUACGCGCCCCACUUUGCCCCCCAGCCGCCGCAGUUUCAUGGACACUUCAGUGUUUUCAGGGAGCCCCUGAAGGGGCCGGGGCCGGGCCCGGCGGGGCUGCCCGGGCUGCUGGUCACGCCGCCCAACUCCCCGGUGCUGGAGUACUUCCCGGCCGGGGCCCCCCCCGAGGACUGCAAGCCCAAGCGCGGCCGCCGCUCGUGGGCGCGCAAGCGGACGGCCACGCACAACUGUGAAUACCCGGGCUGCGGCAAGACCUAUACCAAGAGCUCCCACCUCAAGGCGCACAUGCGGACCCACACGGGCGAGAAGCCCUACCACUGCACCUGGGAAGGCUGUGGCUGGAAAUUUGCCCGCUCCGAUGAGCUGACCCGCCACUACCGCAAGCACACAGGGCACCGGCCCUUUCAGUGCCACCUCUGCGAGCGGGCUUUCUCCCGCUCUGAUCACCUUGCCCUCCACAUGAAGCGGCACAUGUGAGCGGCAGGCCACGGCCGGACUUGGUGUCCCUGGAGCCAGCUCACGAUUUAGCUGCGGAGGAUCGAUGGGGAACGCCCAAGCCUCGGCAUCCGAGCAGCAUCUCCUGUGCAACAGCUCUUGAGUCACCCCACUUCCCCGUGCCUCAGUUUCCCUAAUCUGCAGAUGGGGCAAUUGCGGCACCGGGAUGGCGUGACUGGUCCCGCGGUGAGUCACUGCCGAGGUGAACGGCAGCCGAAACUGUACUGGGAGCCUUGCUGGUCCUGUCUUCUUCCCGAGCGGUCCUGUCCCGCUGUCCCCUGCAGCGGGAGCUCUGUGGUACCGGCCUUGUGGUCACAACUGGGAGAUGGGUGGCAGCCGCCCAGCCCCGUGUGCUGUCCCCGCUGUCCUCCUGGGGGUGGCCCAGCAGCUUGGCGGGGUUCAGGUGCUGAGGUUUCCCUGCGUUAAUAGGUGGUGACUCAGCACAAGCGUGCUGGCAGGUCCCGAGCUCAGCAAGCAGGUCUGGCUCCAUCCCUCCCACGGCUGAUUACCUGUGAUGCACGCAUCCCUCUGAAGGCCAGGGCUUGUCCAGACCUGACACCAUGCUGGCAGUGCAGGGAGCAUGCUGUACGGGCUGUGUGGUGGCCUGGCUCAGCGUGGUGGUGGUGGCUUUCACCUCCUGUGCUCGCUGCCGCAACCUCAGGCGGCCAGCCAGGGCUAGGGGAUGCCUUGGGGCUCCUUGCCCCACAAGUGGAAGCGGGAUGUAGCUGUGCUGUGAAUAUGGGCUGGACAGGGCUGAUUCUGCUCCUUCAUGCUUGCAGAUGUGGGGAAGUCAAGUUGGAAAAAGAGAUGGGAAUGGCAGAGCGGGACUGAUGCCUCCCCAAGGGAUGGCUAGUAUUUUGGGGUCAGGCUGAAUGUCCUGGGGCCAGCACCCAGCCUUGGGGUCUGCCCUGAGCAGAUAAGAAACCAUGCGUGUUUCCAGGCAGAGUGGCAGCAGCUUGGGAUGUCAUGUCCUGCCUGCAGGCCCAGGCAUGGGACCAUGGGACUGCAUCCGCAGGUGUCACAGAUCCACCAGGCUCAAUCACUUGUCCUUUCCACAGCUGUCUCCACCCUCCGCUUGCCCCAGUUUCUGAGAGGCGCCUGUGCGGGGGUGACUGUGCAGGGACACAAGUGACCUGUGAUGGGGUACCAGGGGUGUCUUGCUCCUGGGACCUCCGGUACCCAAAGGCGACAGUCUGACACCGGUUGGGUGGCCAGAGCAAAACUGCUGCCUCUUCUCCGGAGACCUGUUCAAAACGUCACAUGGAGGGAGAGGGAGAGGGAAAGGUGUGGGCUGUUUGAAUUAGCGAUGAGUCAGGCUGGCAAAGCCAGAUGGGGAGAGAGUGCAUGCCUGCGUGUUUGUGUGCGUAUAAGUAAUCUCUGGCUUUGUGUUUUUAUUAUGAUUAUUAUUUUUAU